AUGGUGCAGUACUACUACUACCAGUCUCCUUCUUGGGGUCCCGGUCCUACCCUCGCCGAGAAGGAUUACUGGAAGGUGAAGAUCCAACCACCCGACGACAAUGUUUCCGAACAGGACAACGAAGACUCCCUGCCUGCCGACAGACAUUCUGCGAUCGAGUCACGCAGACAGCGAGGACUGCUUAUCUAUGGGGACUGCAGCCAAGAGGAACUGCGACAAUUCUGUGGAGAACGGGGCAUUCGCUUGCUCAGGUCAUCGAACAACCGGGCGGGCAUGAUCGCUUCACUCGAGCUCGCCGACGAUAAAGGCACGACAUUUGAUCGUUUCCUGGAUCUUCCCGCAGAGCUCCGUCUGCGUAUCUAUCAGUCCUAUAAGGCAUCAUUGGGCAGCAAAUUCGGCCCCUUCAGCGUGGCGCCGCCCAUCACCUCCGUCAGCAAGAUGACACGACAAGAAGCUGCGUCGCGUCCGCGCCUGGACGAAGUAGCAGGUCUCUUCUUCGAGAAAGCACCUCUCGUAUUCUUGGAACAAGUCAGGCGACUGCAGGUGUGGACGUUGCUGCCUGCCCCUCCAGGUGCCAAAUUCGCUGGUACUGGAUACACGGAGUGGCUCAUCGAUCUGAGAGCCAAGAGUCGUGAGAAGCGCGUCAUUUUCGAAGAUAUGGGCACCUUUUGGCGGCCCGGCCAGACAAGAUCCGAGUUGGACGGGAUCGUCCAGGCUGUCCAAGAACAGGUACGGGAUGUCGUUGACAACAUAGCCGCACGAGAUCGCUUGAGACUGUGCCGCGAAGAUGCGAACACCAUCUUCGCGGCGUUCACGACUUUCCCUCGAGACACGACUGAAGUCUGA